AUGGAUUAUAAUAAUUUCGGAAACUUCAACAGUGAUGGGCAUUCCAGGCUUCCCAAACCUACGUAUUCCGGAACACUAACGGAUGGAUAUGAUGAAUCGAAAACCAAAAGGCAAAAGAUAGAGUCUGCAACUUAUUCACCCAAUUUGUAUUCGAAUCCUUCAUGUUAUGAAAGCUCAUGGAGUAGCAAUUAUACUUCUCAACUUUCUCCUUUCACCGCUCACAAUCAAUAUUUCCAGCCAUUAACACAGUCAACACAGUUCAAUUUCUCAGGUACUCCCAUUUAUACAGGAAAUGGCAUACCAUCAGUGAAUCAAAAUACGCCAUAUUCGUGUACAUCAAAUAUACGAGAGCGGCCAUCGCCAUACUAUGAAAGCACUCAAUCAUUAAUAAAUAACAGUGAUUACCGGAGGUCAGAUAGUUAUGAAGAUGUUACAAUGCCAACUGCAAAGAAAACAUACUUGAUUAAGCACGAAGAAAAAGAAAAAGAAACUCUGAUGAAGGAAAUAACCUCAAUAAAACCAAGUAAGGCCCAAGCUUCCGCGGUGCCCGCGGAAAUUUUAAGAAGGGAUACAGGGCUGGUAAAUUCCACAAUUGAAGACAACCGCGAUGUAGAACUAGAUGAAGUGGAAUCUGAUGAGCAGUUAGAAUCAGAGGGAUCGGGAAAGGUUAUUUUAGUUCCUGGAACUUCUAUAGCGUUGAUUACUGACGAAGACGUUAAAAGGUGGAGAGAGGAAAGAAAGAAAAUGUGGCUAUUGAAAAUUUCUAAUAACAAAAAGAAACAUAUGCAGGAAAUGGGGAUAAAGGAAGACGAAUUAAAUGGUCAGUCUAGUAUUUUAAAAGAGUCGAGGAAAGAAAAACAAUUUAUUCAGAGUAUCCAAAAUCAGGUACAGAGAGGAAACCCAAGAGUUGACUUGAACUUAAAAUUGAUACAGCGAGAAUUUGCGAACGAGAAUUCUAAACUUUUGGAUUUUAUAAGGGAACUUGGUGAUGCCGGCUUAUUAGAAUAUGAGUUGUCUCAAGAGGAAAAAGAUAUACUUUUUGGUGCCUCUGGAGAUAACAGUAGAAAUAAUUACAAAUCAAACUACAGAAGCAGAAAAUCCAAUAUAAAUAGAGGUAACUUCUCCAGGACUAAGUAA